AUGAGCAAAACACACCAAGACCCCUUGAUCCUCAAGGUAACAACAUCAUCAUCAACCUAUCCUGUCACAAGCAACGCAUCCCCUCCAUGCAAGACCCCCCAACAAAAGAAAAGCGCCAUGUACACCCUCGGUCUCGUUACUAUCCGGAACCUGCGAUACCCAGUACCCGGUCUGCGGUUCCUGUUCCCGUUGCACAUUUGCCCAUCCCCAGACCAGGGGACCCCCAAUCAUUCACGAACAGGAGAUCCACUUGAUUUAGAGUCCUGGAAGAUCCGUGAUCGCCCCCCUAUUCUCGACGGGGCUCGGGUAAAACGCCAAAACCCGCUUGACACCCCUUUCCUGACCAUCGCCUCAGAUCACGAGCCGCAGUCGCUUGUUUUGACAAAGAUUACUUGGCUUCCAUUCCAUCGGCUUGCGUCAAUACUCCCCUAGUCAUGUCUAUCUUGUAUUACCACUACAACACCAUCCGUCCACUAUUUACACCCUCCUAUGGCUCCCCUUUGUGUCAGCGGCAACAAGAAAGGCACCAUGCUUGAGGCAAAGAAGUCCCCAUCAUCCGAACGGUUCUCCUGCAUGUGUUUGUCUCGGGCGCCUAGACGGGUCUGCAUCCUCUCUCCACCCUCCAGGAAAACGAACGAGAGCCGCUUGGCUCCUCAAAGCGAGGCCCCCCGCCAUGAGAAUCUGCAAUCUACAGCACGAAGAUGCCAUUCGGAAGUUCCAUCCGCUGCGCAUCCGUGCAAAGAGGCGACAGAUUCAGAAGAGCUGCAGCUGGAAGGCGUCAGCAUAGACCCAAACCACACCACGCAUUGGAGGAGUUGA